AUGUCCAAGACUGAGAGCAGAAAGCUGUCCGAUGACUAUGAAGUUGUGGAUGUCCUUGGCCGAGGCGGGUUCUCGAUAGUGAGGAGGGGAGUGAGCAAAUCGGAGGGGAAGACCCAGGUCGCCAUAAAGACCUUGCGAAGGCUUGGCCCGGCCAUGAACGGGAUUCAGCAAGGGUCAAAGGGUGGCCUUCCGAUGUGGAAGCAGGUAUCCAUCUCUGACGCCUUGCUCACCAACGAGGUUCUCGUCAUGAGGAGGAUAGUUGAGAACGUCGCGCCACAUCCCAACGUCAUAGGCCUGCAUGAUGUGUACGAGGAUGCGCAUGGUGUGCACCUGAUCCUGGAGCUGUGCUCUGGUGGUGAACUGUUUGAUAGGAUAGUGGGGCGUGACCGGUACUCGGAGUUCGAUGCAGCAGCUGUUAUUCGUCAGAUUGCUAAGGGGUUGGAGGCUCUUCAUAAGGCAAACAUCAUACACAGGGACUUGAAGCCAGAGAACUGCCUCUUCUCUGACAAGAAUGAAGAUUCCACGUUGAAAAUCAUGGAUUUUGGUCUAAGUUCUGUCGAAGAUUUCAGCGACCCAAUUGUGACUCUGUUCGGGUCGAUAGAUUAUGUUUCGCCAGAAGCUCUCUCAAGGCAAGAUGUUUCAGCUUCAAGUGAUAUGUGGUCCGUUGGGGUAAUUCUAUAUAUUCUGUUAUCUGGAUGCCCGCCAUUUCAUGCACCAACUAAUCGAGAAAAGCAGCAAAGGAUACUGCAAGGAGAAUUCAGUUUCCAGGACCAUGCAUGGAAAACAAUAUCUUCAUCAGCCAAAGAAUUGAUUUCCAGGCUUCUUUCUGUUGAGCCUUACAAGAGGCCAACAGCAAGUGAUCUUCUGGGGCAUCCUUGGGUGAUUGGAGACUGGGCAAAGCAAGACCUCAUGGACGCAGAGGUCAUAUCAAAGCUGAAGAGGUUCAAUGCUAGAAGGAAGCUGCGGGCAGCGGCAAUCGCAAGCGUCCUCAGCAGCAAGGUGGCUUUGAGGACAAAAAGGCUGAGGAACCUUUUGGGAACACAUGACCUGAGCUCAGAGGAGCUAGACAAUCUGCGGGCUUAUUUUGCACAAAUAUGCGCGGACGGCGAGAACGCGACGCUGGCGGAGUUCGAGCAGGUGCUGAAGGCGAUGAAGCUGGAGUCGCUGGUCCCUCUGGCGCCGCGCGUGUUCGACCUGUUCGACAACAACCGCGACGGCACGGUGGACAUGAGGGAGAUCCUCUGCGGGCUCUCCAGCCUCCGCAACUCCCGCGGCGACGACGCGCUCCGGCUCUGCUUCCAGAUGUACGACGCCGAUCGGUCGGGGUGCAUCAGCAAGGACGAGCUGGCGUCGAUGCUGCGAGCGCUGCCCGAGGAGUGCCUGCCGGGCGACAUCACGGAGCCCGGGAAGCUGGACGAGGUGUUCGACGAGAUGGACGCCAACGGCGACGGCAAGGUGAGCUUCGACGAGUUCAAGGCGGCCAUGCAGAAGGACAGCGCCCUCCAGGACGUCGUCCUCUCGUCCCUCCGGACUCCGGCGCCGGGGCAGUAG